AUGGCGAAUAGAUUCGGCGCAUCGUCCCUCCAUCAACGCGAUCCGCGCAGUGCGCUUUUUGAAAAUUAUAACGCGGGCGCAAGUUCAAGGAAUGCGAGUUCGAGUCCUGCCCCAAGAGGAUAUGGGUAUAAUGCGGGAGGAGCUGUAGGAGGAUAUUCUGGGGGAGGGGGUUAUUCGGGAGGAGGAGGGUAUGGGGAGAGAGAGGAUAGCGCGCAGGGGUUUAGGAGCGCGACGCCGAAUAGUAGAGGCCAAUACAGCGACGCCGUCCUCAACGAACUCGAAAGCCAAAACAACGACCAAGUCGAAGGCAUCAUGGGCAAAGUGCGCCAACUAAAAUCCAUGACCAUCGCCAUCGGCGACGAGAUCCGCGAAUCCUCCGCUCUCGCGGAAAAAAUGAAUGAUAAUUUCGAAGGCGCGCGCGUGCGCAUCCGAGGAACCAUGAAUCGCAUGUUGAUUAUGAGUCAGAAGACGGGGGUUAGUUGGAAAGUGUGGAUUUUGUUUUUCGCGGCGGUUUUUGGAUUGUUUUUUUGGGUGUGGGUUUUUUAG